AUGUGUGAACUGACUCAGACAACUGAUUUGAGUAUCGUUUGUAUUAUGGCUCUGAACGAGUCGGUAUCGGAGUUUAACAAUCUUAUGCUCGAUAAAUUUGGCAUUAGUGCUGUCGAGAUUGCGGCUGUUGAUUCCAGCAUGCGGCAAACCAAAUGUCAAAAAAAGAAAGCUAAAAGCAAGAAGUUGAUCACCAAGGCAAAAAAAAACAAGAAAACAUCUAAUACUGCCGGCCUUGAAACCGUCCUUAAAGUUGGCAUUAAUGCUCGAGUAAUACCUAAGUGCAACAUGGACGUGGAUAGCGGUUUGUGCAACGGUGCGAUGGGAACUGUCAAGAGACUCAACUACGAAUUUGGAAAGAUUACUUCUAUUGACGUUCUUUUUGAUUGUUUGAACAAAGUUUUUUCCAUCAAAACUGUCAAAGCCGAUUACGAAUUGUCUCCUGGUGUGUUCAUCACCAGAGAUCAAUUUCCCUUGUGUAUUGCAUAUGCAAUUUCUAUCCCCAAAUCACAGGGAAUAAGCGUCGAUGGCGUCAUUGUUGAUUUGGGGAUCGGCGUUUUCUCCGACGGUAUGACUUAUGUGGCCUUGUCCAUAGCUCGCAAACUGCAAUGUUCACUUGAUUGA